CCCUUCCCUUGGCUUUGGGAAGUGUGGGUGCUCCGACCCGUAUAAAAGAAGCUCCCAAUCUCAAUGCCUUUGCAUCCGAUAUUUCUAACCUUGCCAUGAAGAUGCUCUCUCUCUUUGCAACUCUUGCUCUCGCCUGUGCAGCUUCCGGCGCUGUCAUCGAUGGACCAGCUGCGACGCCGAUGCCCCGAGGCCUCGAGCCUCGCCAGACUGUCGACACCUCGGCCUUGAGCGCGUCAAUCAGCUCGUAUCGCGUCUCGCGCUCUUCGUUCUACGCGGCCAAUUCGGCAUCGAUCGAGUCGUCGCGCUCGUCGGAGUCUGCCUACUUUUCCUCUGUCGUUGCCUCCAUCACUGCAAACAGCCCGACUGUGACGACGACCCCUGGCGAGUGCCAGGGUGCCGACGACGAAAAGGGCGUGGAAGUGUCUGGACAGUGCUGCAAGACGGGCUUCUACAUUGAUGGCAAGUGCUACGAUGCAAAGGGAUUCAACGGCAGCGUCAUCGAGAAUAAUGGUGUCGGCACCAUCUCCGAGUACGGCAGUGGUGACGAUGGAGACGAGGAUGAUUCUUCCUCCUCGAGCGACACCGCGUCAACGGCGACUGGAGCCGGAACGAGCUCUGUCUCGUCCUCGCCAGCCUCGGCUACGUCAUCCACACCUGAUGGCGUGUCGAAAGUCGUUGCGAAUUCCGGUCUGCUGGGCGCUUUGGCGGCGGCGGUGGCCUUUGUUGUCAUGUAGAUUCUUUGAUGACGAUUUUCAAAUACGAUUACAGUG